UUCAAAGGCUUUAUAUUUCAAAUAGAUUAUAUGAUGGCCAGUUAUACCUUUACAGACAUGUAAUGCUGCCCAGAGAACUUUCAAAACAAGUGCCAAAAUCCCAUCUUAUGUCUGAAGAGGAGUGGAGACGACUUGGUGUUCAACAGAGUCUUGGCUGGGUUCACUAUAUGAUCCAUGAGCCAGAACCGCAUAUUCUCCUCUUCAGAAGACCUCUUGCAAAAAAUAAGCAGAAAUGA